AUGCCAGGCCUUCCCUUGGUCCAUAUUCCUUCCCCCAUCAACCACCUGCUGCAUUCGCCCCGCCCCCUUACAAUCGCAAUGUCGAAGACUGUCGAGAUCAUAACACUCGAGCGCGCCAAGGGCGGCGCUCAGGCCACGAUCAUUGACUCGGACACAGGGGUCAUUUACACCCUGGAGCUCACCCUUUCCGAGUCGUCGGAGCCCAGCAUUUGGAAUAGCCUCCCGGCGAGCAUUGACGUCAAGAUCACCUACGACGCGGGCGCCGACCUGCAAGGGACUGGAACGUUCAGCGUGCACAUCGAGAACUCGGAACUGAAACUGACCCUGUCCAACGGGCCGGUCCUCGACGGAAAAACCCUUGUGCCUAGCUCGGGAGUAGAAGACCUCACUGGAAAGUUCUUCUGCCGGUCCGAAUGA